UCCACCCUCCUUCCAAACUCCAAAUUCUACCUUCCCUCUGUUCCGUUUCCAUGGAUCCCUCGCCCUCCGCAAUCACUUUCCGACCCUUCGAACUCUCCGACGCCGCCGACUUCCUCUCGUGGGCUGGCGACGACAGGGUCACCCGCUACCUCCGCUGGGACUCCGUCGCCUCGCUGGAGGCCGCCGAGUCGUAUCUCCGGGACGUCGCCAUUCCCCACCCGUGGCGUCGCUCCAUCUGCCUCGGCGACCGCUCGAUCGGGUACGUCUCCGUCAAGCCCGGGUCCGGAGACGAUCGGUGCCGCGCCCACGUCGGCUACGCCGUCGGGGCGGAGUUCUGGGGGCGGGGGUUCGCGACGGCGGCGCUGAGGAUGGCCGCCCGCCGCGUGUUCGACGAAAUGCCUGAGCUGGUGAGGCUGGAGGCGUUUGUGGAAGUGGAGAAUGAAGGGUCUCAGAGGGUUUUGGAGAAGGUCGGGUUCGUGAAGGAAGGGCUGCUGAGGAAGUAUGGGAUUUGCAAAGGCGAGGUCAGGGAUAUGUACCUGUAUAGCUUGUUGUCCACGGAUGAGAUUCUGGGUUGAUCAAAGAGAGAAGAAGAAGCCAUUUAUGAAGCUUUGAGAGGGAGAUGUUCAUUCUUUGAAGUUUUGAUCAAACUCUCCAGCCAUUUAUUUGACCAUUCAUAAAUAGUUUGAGUGAGCAAACUCUUGCUUCAUCUGCCUGUUGAAUGAUGCAAUGAAGGUGUUUGUAUCCUAUUGUAGCUGUUGAGGAUCGUAUCGAGUGGGACUGGUUUAUUAAUCAAGUUCAACUCGGUUCUGAUAAUGUGUGUUCAUGCUCUGUUCGAGCUCAGCCGAGCUGGUUCUCGAGUUCAAUCUCGAUGAGGUAGAGCGUUUUUGACUAUCCAUGAGAAA